CAUAAUGAACUUGAAUUGUUUGGUAACGAAGACUGUCAUAGGGAAGAAAUACGAUUGAUACUUAACUCCUCGAAUCCUACCGUCGCUUCUCUACUCGAUACAAAAAAAGAAGAGAAUUCAUUAUCUUGAAAUUUCUAUGCAACAGAAUCUAAGUGCCUUGUAAGUUGACUAGACUAGGCAGAAAUAGCGCAUUAGUCCAGCCUUACAGACCCGGAGACAAAUUCGACAAAUCCUACCCACCUGAACAAAUCAAACAAACUAAAGAGCUUCCGAUUCAACCAAAUAUAUUAGUUCCACCUAAACACGACAUCAAUUUGAUAAAUAUUAUAAACAAAUAUCAAAAUGGCAUCUACUCCUACACUGAUCGGCAUGCCCGAACCACCAUCAAAUAUCGAUACUCCAACUGAUGCACCGUAAAUACUCACCCCACAAUCCCUCUAUCAGAAUACUAAUGUAAUCUGCUCCAGGGGAACCCCAAACUCAACUACGACCUCCCUCUCCGCUCUCUCCACCACUGCUAUCAAAGAUGGUCAUCGCGGAUCUGCUCACCCGACCGCAAGCUCCCAUCAUCAACACACUCUUUCAAACAAUACCCUCGAAGCGCAGCGCGCAGAUCGAAUCUCACGUCUCGCGGGUCUCGAACGUGUAACCACAGCCACGCCUCAAAACCCCAGUGGUACUACACCAGCCCCGGGGCCUGCUGCUGGACAAAUCCCAGGAUAUUUCGAUCAAGCCGGAAAUCCAGUUUACACAACACGCAUAUCUACCGUUGGGAGCGCAUCCGCGACCGGUUCUAUGACUGGAAGAACCACUACAUGGGCAUCGAAUAGUACAAAAGGGCAAACGGAAGCCGAUGAUGAUGAGCUGAGCAUGGAUAACAAUUAUCGAGAAAUAGAUGAUCGGGAUACGUUUUCCGCAUCGGCUAUGGAUGAGGAAUUAGAUGGGGAUGGAAUGAGUGAUAAUACAAGUUUAGUUGGAUUUGGCGAGGGUGCUGGAAGUACCGUCAGUGGUCCAACAUACAGCAGAGGUAAUAUCCUCGCGAGUCCAAUCGCAGUAGGAAAAAGCGGUCUAGCCAAAGAAGUACAGAGCAGCAACCCCGGAACCCCGGUCAGCGCAUCCACAUCCACAACAGCAGAACAGCAGAAACGCGAAGCAAGAAUGCUGGAUGGAAUCACAGAUGAUAAUACAAGUGGCUAUGUGGAUACGGCAGCACGAGGUCAAGGAGUAGGAGUAGCUGGAAAUCGCAAUUCAACUGGUUCAGGACUGAGCACGGGAGUAGGUGCUGAGGCUGCAGAGAGAAUUCUAAAGGAGAGAAUUGCUGAUAGUCCAUCUGCGGCUAGUAGGCCUGCUCUUGGUAGUCCCGAUCAAGCGGGUCUGGGCAAGUUUUAUUUCGAAGAGAAGAAGUAAAAAUAGAGAUUGCGUUUAAGAAUUGUCGGAUAGGGCUCAAUUUCCAAGUCUUGAGUUCCUUCAAUAUUCGGUUAGCCUGGCGUUGGUCUUUUAACCUUUUUUUCCCUUUUUCUCCAUGUAUGGAUAUUGUUAGGUUUGAUGGUGGAUUGGUGGGCGGAAUGAGUGGAUGGAUGAAGGAUGGGGUCUUGGUGCUAGGGUGCCUGGCUUCUCAUUAUUAUUGUUGCUUGAGAUAAUAUGAUGAUGAGAGAAAUUGAACCAUCUCAUAACUCUAUCCAUGCAUGCAUACUU